AUGCCUCCUGCGGCUUCUGAAAGUUCAUCGGCCCAGGAACCUGAACGAGAAGACUGGGGAUUGUACCAGAUCCGUCUUCAAGCGUGCCUCGACGUUUCCGGAAUUGUUUCAGAGGUGGACCGAAGGAACACCUUGAUUGCGCUUUUGGGAGCAGAGACUUUCAAGGUCUUGCACUCUCUAGUUCAGCCCCAAAAUAUCACCGAUGUGUCCUUCGCCGACCUGCUGAAGAAGCUGGACGAACAUUUCUCUCCUAAACGCUUCAAGGAAUUCGAACGAGCAAAGCUGUUCUCCGCUCACCAGGAGGAACAUGAGACUCCCACCGCAUUCCUUGCAAGGCUUAGGUCCAUCAUCGCGUUCUGCGGAUACGAACAGGAGACUGACCCCCGGGCAUGUUCCUUACUCACUGCAUUUAUCGUUGGACUUCGGGACCAACGAAUACGAGCUCGUCUAGUUCAAGAGGUUGACCUGGAUGUCAACAAGGCAUUAAGGAUUUCUGAAAGUUGCUUGAAGGCAGAGCAGGAGUCUCGACAACUGGAUCGCAAGCUACUGGCUUCGUCGGCGUUGGGGAACGUUGCUAAAGUCAAAACCUCCGUUGAUCAACAAGUGGAAAGGUGUUUUCGCUGCGGCAACACCAACCACAGUGAGGCAACGUGUCGCUUCAGCAAGGAACGUUGCAGAGCGUGCAAUCAGUUAGGUCAUAUUGCACGUAUGUGUACGAAGAAGAGGCAGAAACCUUCUCGCACUGUUCAUCCUCGUCGUAGCGUGAAGUCUAUCACAAGUGUCUUGGCUGUGGGUGACAAAGAAGAGGUCUUCACCUGCAUCAUCGACGGAGUUCCAACUCAACUCCAGGUAGACACAGGCUCAUAUUAUACAAUCCUUGGGAGAAACGCAUGGCUGAAUUUGGGGAAGCCAAAACUCGCCCCGGCGCAUCAGAAACUCAGGGUACUUACCCAUUACAGUAUACCUUUGGAAGGCCAACGUUCGGUGGAGGUAACCGUUGCGGGACAAACCCACCAGCUCCAAGCACUUUUUGCAGAAUUUGAUGGUAUGAGCUUACUUGGCAGAGAGUGGAUCCGCGUGCUGAAGCUAGACCUCAACGCCAUGUUUGUUGGGCGUAUCCGCGAUCCUCAGCCAGACCUCUCGGACAUUCUGCGCCAGUACGACGAGCUUUUCGAGGAGGGACUAGGACGGUGCUCGAAGGUCAAGGUCCACCUACAGUUUCAGUCAGAAGCGAGACCGAAAUUUUGCAAAGCCAGGCCUAUUCCGUUUGCGCUUCGUGACGCAGUGGACAAAGAUCUUCAGAGGCAAGUCAGUAACGGAGUCUUGACGCCAGUGGAAGUGUCGCAAUGGGCAACACCAAUUGUAGUCGUUCCCAAACCGAACGGGGCGGUGCGUGUCUGCGGCGACUUCAGCGUUACUAUCAACCCGCAGCUGGACGUUGCCCAGUACCCCCUACCGCGUCCGGAGGAGCUGUUCGCAAAACUGAACGGUGGCAAGCACUUCUCGAAGCUCGACCUCUCGGAAGCAUAUUUGCAGCUGGAUCUUGAUGAAGAUGCGAAGAAGGUCCUAGUCGUGAAUACUCACAAGGGUCUUUUCCGCUUCAACAGGAUGCCUUUUGGGAUAUCGUCAGCCCCCGCUAUAUUCCAGAGAACCAUGGAACAGGUCACUGCUGGGCUAGAGGGCGUGGCUUGUUAUCUCGACGACAUCAUCGUAACUGGAAGAACUGAGGCCGAACAUCUGGACCACCUGGAAGAGGUCUUGCGAAGGCUUCGUGAAUAUGGUUUUCGCCUUAAGAAACAAAAAUGUGAAUUCCUCAAAACAGAAGUGGAAUAUCUUGGACAAAUUGUUUCAGCAGAGGGCUUCAGACCAUCACCGAAAAAAGUGUCAGCUCUGCUGGACAUGCCAGAACCAACCAACGUUGGGGAACUUCGAGCCUUUCUUGGUCUCGUGCAAUACUAUGUUCGAUACGUCAAGUCACUUUCAGAUCUCUGCGCACCACUCAAUCAACUUCUGCGGAAUAAUGUGCCUUGGGAGUGGUCAUCAGGUAGCGCCCAGGCGUUCAAGGAGAUCAAAUGUCGACUCACAUCCAUCGAUUCCUUGACGCAUUUCGACCCUAGUCAAACUCUCUACAUGGCCGAUGACGCUUCCUCGAUAGGCGUUGGCGCAGUGAUUUACCAUAAGGUCAAUGGUAAAGACAAGCCCAUCGCCCAUGCUUCUAAGACGUUGACGUCGGCCCAAAAAAACUACGCACAAAUUGAAAAGGAAGCCCUUGCCAUUAUAUUUGGUGUUAAGAAGUUUCACCAGUAUCUCUGGGGAAGGAAAUUCAUCUUAUAUACAGACUAUAAACCACUGACGGCAAUCUUUGGCUCAAAGAGAGGAAUUCCAGUCACAGCGCCGAACAGAAUGCAGCGCUGGGCGUUGACCCUGCUUGGUCAUAGCUUUGACAUUCAGUACAAGCCAACGGCCCAGUUCGGAAAUGCGGACGGCCUGUCUCGACUUCCGGCAGGACCGGACCCUGAUUUCGAUGCAGCGAUUUCAGAUGACGACUUCCUUUUGGGGAGUACUGGAUCGCCGAAUGUCUCUUCUGUCCUCUCAGUAGGUAUUGAUAAAAUUCCGCUGAAAGCGUCUGCAAUUGCCAAGGCCACUGCUUCAGGCCGAAUCCUUUCUAAGGUCUACCGUUACAUCAUGGAAGGUUGGCCUUCUCGUGAACGAGACCCCGAGCUUCAACCGUACUACCUGCGCAACACUGAGCUGUCAACAGAAAAGGGUUGCAUCGUAUGGGGCAUGCGCGUUGUCGUGCCUUCCCAGCACCGCAACACUGUCCUCUGCCUACUUCAUGAUGGCCACAUUGGGCAAACAAAAAUGAAGAUGUUGGCGCGCUCCUAUGUAUGGUGGCCAGGAAUGGACAAUGACAUUGAGCUUACUUGUCAGUCGUGUGGAGCGUGUGCCGCUUCUUCGGAUCAGCAACUUCCAGUCCCUCUUCACCAAUGGGAGGUUCCGAAGGAACAGUGGUAUCGCCUUCACGCGGACUUCGCAGAGUUCGACGGAAAAACUUACCUAGUGGUAAUCGAUGCGUACAGCAAGUGGCCCGAGGUGAAGUUGAUGAGGUCUACCAAAGCCUCAGCCACAAUAGAAGCCCUUGAGGACAUCUUCGCUGCCCAGGGCCUCCCUUUCCAGCUGGUUAGCGAUAAUAGACCUCAAUUCAUUUCGGCAGCGUUGAAAGAUUUCUUGGAUCGCCUUGGAAUUAAACACAUCUUGACUCCGCCGUAUCACCCUAAGUCCAACGGACAGGCUGAGAAUCUUGUGCGAACUCUGAAAGCCUUCCUUCGCCGUCAGAAGGAAGGGAGGGACGGAGAAAUGGAAAUUAAGCAUUUCGUGCUUAAGUACAGGAUAACGCCUCACGCAACAACCGGACACCCUGCCUGCGAAAUGCUUAACAGGCGGCACUACCGCACAGAGCUGGACCUUCUGCGCCCUAACCAUCAAAACGCCUCGUCUCCAGCGAGAGAUCGUCAAAAGCGCAAUUAUGACUCUCGCACAAGACUGCGGAAGUUUGCCGCCAGCGACGAAGUUUGGGUCAAGGACAAGUCCCGGAAGAACCACUGGCUUCGGGGCACCAUUGUUCGCUCUUCGAGCGGUCCAACAUAUCAGGUCAUGACGGAGGAUCUAAAACAGCACAAGAUGCAUGCUGACGACAUCAAGCCGCGUCUGCCCGAAUUGCCGGAUAUCGACUGGUCACACGAAGUCGAAUCUGCAACAACAGGUGGGAACGCUGAGUCUACCUUGGCCGCUGAUGAGGACAUUCAAUCCGUACCUCAGGCUCGAAGAUAA